UAUGUACAUAUAUCCAAAGUAGCCCCGAUGGGCAUGUCAGUCGAGAUGUCAUAGAUUUGCAUGAGCACAAAGAUCGAAUAUUCCAAAUUGAGCUCUCGUGUUGUGUUUUUUCGAAAAUUUCCAAUACUGCGGGCGAAGGAAGCGCAAUGGAUGGCUGCCACAACGACAUCUUGGCGCCCCUCAUCCUGGCCGUUAUGGUGGCCAAUGGACAUCCGCUCACCCUGGACGAGAUCGUCGAUGAACUGACGGCGGUGAUCAAUUCGCAAACCGAGCUGGCCAUUGCGCAUGAAAAUAUUGGAGACGGAAAACAUGGCCACAAGUCGUAUAAGCCGAGACGAAGGCACUAAAGAUCUUAGCAUGCGUUAUGUGCUAAAUUUCAAAUGCAAUAACUUAUUCCAGA